UCCUCUCGGGCUGCCAGGCUGAUGCUGUACAGCACGGUGCACGUUAUUUGAACGCUGUGUUUUGAGAUCAAGUGAGCCGGCUGCUUUCCGGCGAGGACAAGACAUCUGCUUGAAACCCUAGAAAAGUUUGAACCGCGGCGCCAUGGUUUCCAUGCUCACAUACACGAAGGAACUAUACGAUUACGUCUGGUCGUUCCGAGACACGCGAAUAGACGCAUGGAACAGCAACAUCACCAAGGGAAGCUUCAUCAUACCACUCGUCAUCACGUACGUGUACGUAGCCAAGGUUGGCGGCCCUCGGUGGAUGAAGGAUCGCAAGCCGUACGACGUCAGGCGAGCUAUCCUCGCGUACAACAUCCUCACCGUGCUUGCGAACGCCUACUUUUUGUACCGCAUGUUGCCACUGACUCUUUUCGGUGGUGGUUAUAGCUUCCUCUGUCAGGGAACCAACACUGACCACGAAGCGAGACAUGGCCGUCAUCAGCCUCAACUGGUGGUACCUUCCUGGUACGCAUCACCGACUUCACGGACACUAUGUUCUUCGUGGCCCGCAAGAAGUACACGCACAUCUCGCACCUUCACGUGUCGCACCAUGCCUGAUCGUGCUCAGUGGCUGGAUCUGGCUAAACUUCGGCAGCGAUGGUCAGGCCAUCCUCGGCUGUUGCAUCAACGCGUUCGUGCACAUCGUCAUGUACACCUGUUACUUCCUCGCUGCCAUGGGCCCGCGCGUGCAGAAGUACCUCUGGUGGAAGAAGUACCUCACCACCAUCCAGAUCACUCAACUCGUGGUGGUCUGUGCCCACUCGUCCAUACCUUUGUUCCUCGAAUGCGGCUACCCGAAAGGGCUAUGCUACCUCGAGGUGGCUCAGAUUCUGCUCGGCAUUGCCAUGUUCACGAACUUCUACUUGAAGACUUACAGAGUCGGUGGGAGGUCAGGACCGCCGCUGGCAGAAAAGGCAAAGGAGAAGGAUCAAUAAACCACCACGCAUCAUCUGGCGAACCUGCAACCAGGUGUGCUGAUUAGGCGGUGUCUUUCAUUACUCUGAGUCUGUACCUCAAUUUAACGUAGCUUAAAAAGUGCUAGCGUUGGUGGUGUUCUUUGA